UUUUAACUUCAACAAUGACCCUGGUGCUCGUCUUGACAAUUCUCAUUGCUCUACAACAUGCAACUGCAGUGGAUACAACAAUCGAGCAGACAACACCGAAACCGAAAUGGAAAAUGCUACAGGAACAGUUUGAUAAAGAAGUUGAACAACAUUUUUUGAGACUGAACGAUUAUCGUCGUGAAGUUGCAAAAAUGAUGAAUUGGUCGAGUAUGAAUGAACUGAAAUACGGCGACUUCAAUGUUUCUGAUGGUUCGAAUUCGUUUUAUUAUAGUACCACUAAUUCAUUUAAAGAAGUAGUGAAUAAUUUGAUCUAUUGGGCUAACAAUAUCGUAGAUGAUUUAAAAGAAAAUAAGACUAUUUGUGAAGAUGAUGAAGACUGUUUUGGUGCUUACAUUAUUAAUCCAAUGUAUAAGUCCUUCAAAAGUUCACUUCACUGCGGCGCAAGCGAGUUAGAACCAAGUAGUUGUGAUGAGCCUAAUGCAUGGUGUUAUUUUUAUCCAAGAAGUAAUGUCACGUGGAAAGCCACAGACCAGCAGAUUGGAGAACCUGGAUUCGCCUGUGACGCCGACCGUUACAACAAGAAUGGACUGUGCUCAUUGGAUCCUCCGACGACAACCACCACCACUACUACGACUACUACAGUGAAGCCACCACCACCAACUACCACUCCGAAGUCUUCUGAUUCUUCCGCUAACAUCAAUAUCCUCGUCUUCUGCAUCGUGUCCAUUACAACCUACUUGUGGUCUUAUUGAACUUUUUGUAUUGAUUAGAAUAGUCUUGAAUUGAAUGAAUGAUGUGGAUUUGG